AUGACAUCAGUGAUGCGUGGUAUUACCACGUGGAAGAAGUGCUGGUAUUCUAUAACAGGUUACCCGUAUAAUCUGGACUUCGAUUAUGGUGCCCUGUCACAGUUGCAACACUUUUCCAUCAACAACCUUGGCGAUCCAUUUAUAGAGAGCAAUUAUGGUGUCCAUUCUCGACAGUUUGAAGUGGGUGUAUUGGAUUGGUUUGCCCGUCUAUGGGAAUUGGAGAAGAAUGAAUACUGGGGUUACAUUACAAAUUGUGGCACAGAAGGCAAUCUUCAUGGUAUUUUAGUCGGGCGGGAAGUGUUUCCUGAUGGAAUCUUGUAUGCCUCACGGGAAUCGCAUUACUCUGUUUUCAAAGCGGCAAGAAUGUACAGGAUGGAAUGUGAAAAAGUUGACACUUUAAUCUCUGGUGAGAUUGACUGUGAGGAUUUCAAAGCUAAACUCCUUUGCCACAAGGACAAACCAGCAAUCAUCAAUGUCAACAUAGGAACAACCGUAAAAGGAGCUGUUGAUGAUCUUGAUUUGGUUAUACAGACCCUUGAAAACUUGGGAUUCACGCACGACCGGUUCUACAUACACUGUGAUGGGGCUUUGUUUGGUCUCAUGAUGCCUUUUGUCAAACGUGCACCCAAAGUUUCUUUUAAGAAGCCUAUUGGAAGUGUGAGUGUAUCUGGCCACAAGUUUGUGGGAUGCCCAAUGCCUUGUGGUGUCCAAAUAACAAGAUUGGGGCAUAUUAAUGCUCUCUCAAGGAAUGUGGAGUACCUUGCUUCUAGGGAUGCAACAAUCAUGGGAAGCCGAAAUGGCCAUGCUCCAAUCUUCCUCUGGUACACCUUAAACCGUAAAGGUUACAGAGGGUUCCAGAAAGAAGUUCAGAAAUGCCUCAGGAAUGCGCACUACCUGAAAGGCCGCCUUAGAGAUACUGGAAUUGGGGCAAUGCUAAAUGAACUUAGCAGCACCGUUGUGUUUGAGCGCCCACAUGAUGAGGAGUUUGUUCGCAAGUGGCAGCUUGCUUGCCAAGGCAAUAUUGCUCACGUUGUGGUGAUGCCCAACAUAACUAUUGACAAGCUCGACGAUUUCUUGAAUGAACUCAUUGAGCAACGUGCUGGAUGGUAUAAAGAUGGGAAGCUUCAAUCCCCUUGUGUUGCAUCUGAUAUAGGUAAGGAGAAUUGUCUGUGUGUUUUACACAAGUGA